UUUUUUGAAUCAUUUCCCCAAUCAUCUCUCAAUUCAAAGAUGGCGAGGUCUGGAGCAAAACGGGACGUUGCGAGAUCGAUAAUGUUGAAUUUCAUUAACUUUGGGUUGGCUUUCGUGUUAGUUUCGGCUGAUAGGAGCUUGAAGGAUGGAGAAUCGGGCGAGGAAUCCGAAACCAAUGAAAAUUAUUUUGCCAGAGCUGUUAGUUUCUCAUGGAAAUCUGAUCAACCAGGUUAUCAACAUGUUUGGCCCGAUAUGGAACUUAAUUGGCGAUCUGUGGUGGGAACUUUUAUUGGCUUUUGUGGAGCAGCGUUUGGGAGCGUAGGAGGGGUAGGCGGAGGUGGCAUUUUCGUUCCCAUGCUUAGCCUUAUUGUUGGAUUUGAUCCAAAGUCCGCCACUGCUAUUUCAAAAUGUAUGAUCAUGGGUGCAGCAGCUUCAACCGUGUACUACAACCUUAAUCUAAGGCACCCCACAUUAGAUAUGCCUAUUAUCGAUUAUGAUUUGGCUCUGCUUAUCCAGCCGAUGCUCAUGCUUGGGAUUAGCAUCGGAGUCGCGUUUAACGUGCUCUUCGCCGAUUGGAUGGUCACGGUUUUACUUAUUUUUCUCUUCGUAGGAACAUCAACUAAGGCAUUCUUCAAGGGUGUUGAAACGUGGAAAAAGGAAACCAUACAGAAACAGGAGGCUGUCAGGCGCUUGGGAACAAAUGGUACUGCGAGUGAUGCGGAUUACAGACCUCUUCCAGGUGGCCCAAACACUGACCGUCCGAAGGAUAACGCAGACACAGAAGUCACUAUUCUGGAGAACGUUUUCUGGAAAGAACUUGGGCUUCUUUGUUUUGUUUGGGUGGCAUUCCUCAUAGUGCAGAUUUCCAAGAACCGUACAACAAUUACUUGUUCUGUAGGGUAUUGGGUGAUGAACUUGAUCCAGAUCCCAGUUUCAGUUGGAGUGACUCUGUAUGAGGCAGUCGGUCUAUACAAAGGACAUAGAGUAAUAGCAUCCAAGGGAGAGCAGGGCACAAAUUUUACGGCUCAGCAGCUUUUUAGCUACUGUUUUUUUGGAGUGCUAGCUGGGAUUGUUGGAGGUCUACUUGGCCUGGGUGGAGGGUUUAUCAUGGGUCCAUUGUUCUUGGAGUUGGGUAUCCCCCCUCAGGUCUCAAGUGCCACGGCAACCUUUGCCAUGACAUUCUCCUCGUCCAUGUCGGUAGUAGAAUAUUACCUUCUGAAACGUUUUCCAGUACCUUAUGCACUUUACUUCACUGCAGUGGCUACCUUGGCUGCCAUUGUUGGACAACAUGUUGUGAGAAGGCUGAUACUUUUAUUCGGAAGGGCGUCUCUGAUUAUCUUCAUCCUAGCAUUCACCAUAUUCGUUAGUGCAAUAUCACUAGGUGGCGUUGGCAUAUCGAACAUGAUCGGAAAGAUUCAGCGGCAUGAAUAUAUGGGAUUCGAGAACCUGUGCAAGUAUGAUGGCUAACACUUGAGGCAUUCUUCUUUACCAUGUCUCUUCAUUUAA